AUGCAUAUCAAAAUCUUACAACAUCCAGAUUUUCAUGCACAUGAACUCUCACUUAACAUUACAACACUAAAACAAAUGCAAUGUAACUUGCCAUUAAUGACACUUGGCAGUCAUAAAGUUAAAAUUAAUCUAACAUAUACUCCUUCUACCUCUAAACUUUUUAAAGAAUGUUUUACAUUUUCCGUUCUUGAUCAUAUUCAACAUAUUCUUAAUAAUCUAUCAAUUUAUCCAAAGUUAUAUUUUGGCCCUGGUAUUGAAAUUGAAGAAAAAUUAGAAUUAUGGCAUGGACAAGUAUGGAAAGGAUCUCCAAUAUUUGGGAAACAUCAAUAUAACAUUGGAAAUGCUGGAGAUUUUGUACUUUAUCAUGUUAAUGAAAAAAAUAUAAGUCAACAAUUAGAUCUUCCAGGCAAUUUAAGAUCUCUUGAUUGUUUAAACCAAUCAAAGAAUCAUGCUGUUUGGUUAACCGAAGAACAAACAACUACUUGUAUAGAUGAUAAUAAUGAAAAGGUGUUUGUUUCUGGAGGUUUAGGUAUGUGUACUGCAGAUUUGCCACAAGACAAUAAUGAUAUAGCAGGAGUUCAACAGCAUAAUGCAGAACAUGGGUGUUGUUCAUGUGAAGUAACUCAGAAAAUUUUUAGUAAUCUUCAUUUUGAUAUUCAAGCAAAUGGUAGCAAAACAAUAUGGAUUGCAUCUUCAAAAAAAUAUCUUGAUCAUCUUAUUCAUAAUAGACACAUACAAACACCUCAGGACUCUUAUUCAUUGUUUAGCAGAAAAAUUUAUAGAGAUAUAUACCAAGAGUCAGGUGAUAUAACACAAUGGCAUAUUAAUUAUUAUGAUUCUAUUCAAUUUACUGUCAAGCAUGAAGCUGAUAUUUAUAUUAAUAUUACAUUACAAGUUGGUGAUGUAGUUGAUAUAGAGGAGAUUGAACAAUCAUAUGAAAUUAGUGCACAUCAAGAUGAUCUUAUACAUAUUAAUCCCUUUUAA